AUGAGAUGGCGACGCGCCCCGCGCCGCCCCGGCCCCGCCGGCCGCCGGCCGCCCGCGCUGCUGCCGCUGCUGCUGCUGUGGAGCGCGGCCCUGGCGCCGGGGGCGGCCGCCGGCGACGAGGCGGCUCCCGCGGGGGCCUCGGGGUGCUACUCGUCCCCGCCCAGCGUGGGCUCGGUGCAGGAGCUGGCUCGGCGCGCCGCGGUGGUGAUCGAGGGAAAGGUGCACCCGCCGCGGCGGCAGCAGGGGGCACUCGACAGGAAGGCGGCGGGCGAGGCCGGCGCGCGGGGAGGCGAGCGCGAACCGCCCGCCGCCAGCCCGGGAGCGCGGGGACCGCCCGCCGCCCGCGGGACCCUGCCCUCUGGGCCCUCGGCGCCCGCGCCCAGCGCCGGCGCCCCCGGGCCGGCGCCCUAUCUGGUGAAGGUGCACCAGGUGUGGGCGGCCAAAGCCGGGGGCUUGAGGAAGGACUCGCUGCUCACCGUGCGCCUGGGCGCCUGGGGCCACCCCGCGCUCCCCGCCUGCGGGAGGCUCAAGGAGGACAGCAGGUACAUCUUCUUCAUGGAGCCCGAGGACAACAGCAGCAGCCGGGCGCCGGCCGCCUUCCGAGCCUCCUUCCCUCCGCUCGAGACCGGCCGGAACCUCAAGAAGGAGGUGGGCCGGGUGCUGUGCAAGCGGUGCGCAAGAGAGCCACUUCUCUUGGAAAAUAAAACACCACUGAUUGAACCAAGAGCCCUUCGAAAGGGCUUUAAUUACUGCAUUAAUUGCAAACUUCAGGACAAAUGGGAGCCCAAUAGUAGCAAACUAUUGGCAAAUUCCUGGGUUACUUAA